AACAAGUAUUCAAAAUCACUCAAAUCCAACUGUGACAUGCUGGUGGUUGAUUUUGUUACAGCAUAUCAAGCUGGUGUGUCAGUUUGGUCAGUUCGUCUGUCAUUUAUAGAAAUUGUAGGAUGUUUCAGAAAUACCCCGUGAGCAUCUUUGGCAAUGAGACACUGACUCAUUUCCUGGUUUCGGUAAAUUAUACAGCAAGCGGCAAAUUAUAUGUGACAGGUGUUGACAAAGCAUGCAAGCCAGCAGGCUAGCCUAGUCAUUAUCUCACAGUAACUGAGAAUUUACUGGCUGUUUUCUUUUCGCGCGCCGACCCUUUAAUAUCAUUACUCGAAGAAUGUCACGGUGGUGCCAUACCCAGUGGGGAAAGCAUGGUGUCAAACUCAUGCUGGUUUCUGAAAUCUGUUGGCAUGCUGAGAAAUUGUGUGUAUGAGGAAUAGGGAAGUACCAGGCUUAGAAUCCAUGUGGUUGGAUUUGAUCUCUAGAUGUUUUAUUGCACUGGGGUCAGCUAUUCAAGCCAGUAAUAUUAAAUAAAUUAAUUCUGAUGUCUGUUAUGGAAAAAGAAAAAAAAAAGAAUAUAACCAAUAUGGUACGUGGUGAGACGAAUUCCACCAUCAAUCAUUAACACUUUGGAAAGGCAUCCUUAAUCUUGGCUUGUGAAAGCCACUCAAACCACUUAUUAAUGAUUAAAAAAAAAAAACAUGAAUUGUGGUCUAUAGACCCUUUCAUUGAGGUAAACAAUAGCAAAGCUACUGGGCAUGUCCAUUCGUAAAGCAUUUCCUGUGCCACCAUUUUUAAAUAUAAAGCUGUAGAAACACAGUGACUAAUUCAUACUUAUGAGACUCCUAAAAAGCAAGCAAAUAAAAUACAAAUACAUGAUUGUUUGUCAUUACCACAUCCUUUGAACAAGAGGCUUGAUGUGUAUCAUUUCCUUGCUGAUAACUUAGCAUAGUUUGAAUGCUUAAAAUGUACUCUCUUAACAGAAAGCUGCGAAUGAUUUGCUUUUUGUAAUGCAGAUGGUGUCUGUAUUCGGUGUUGUAUAGUUGGAGCAUGUCAAACGUGACCUAAAAUUUGCUCAGCAUGGUUUGUCACUAGCAAGGGAAGAGAAGUUGUGAGUGUAUGACUAGCUAGCUUUUUUUGUUUGGCAAACGAAUGCAUUACACAGAUGAAUAGUCACCUGUUUAGGAUACGAAUUGCAGUUGGAAUGUCUGUCGAUUUUUCACGUCAAUCAAUAUUGUGUCUUUUAAACAUGUAAUAUUAUUAUUAAUCCAGCCAUCUUGCUUCACUGCAGCAAUCUAAACUUUUCACUUUGCUUUGCUUUUGGAAAUCAAUGCACUUGAUUUCUGAAAGCAAGUUGUACCUUGCCUGAGGGAACAUCCAAAAACUGAACAACAUGGUCCUAAUUAUAAUUUGGACAUCCUGUUAAUAAUUCAAGCUUCCAGCCUUCUUCGUUAUUGUUUUGAAUGAUGUUUACCGUCAACCUGAUAUGUUUUAGGUACAGCCGUGUCACUUCCUGUGUUCAUGAGUAUCAGUUCUAUAACAUAGGCCGAAAAUAACGCAGCACAUAGAAGGAUGUGAGGUCACUGCAGAGAGCAGAAACCUCACACUUCAUUCAUCGGCUGUUGUGUUUUGAGAGAGAGAGAGAGAGAGAGAGAGAGAGAGAGAGAGUGUGUGUGUGUGUGUGUGUGUGUGUGUGUGUGUAGGACAGAGGUCAGACAGUGAAAAUCCCACUUCUCUUUGGUGACACAGUGGAACUGCCACUCUCAGCUUAAAACACAAUAGAGCCGACAGAUCGGGCUAUCAGUGCUUUCGUUGACUUUCACACUCCGUUCUUCUGUGACAUGGGACAGCGUGAUGACUGAGACCAAAGUCAUCAGGUUUUUCUAUAACAGAAAAUGCAAAGAGAUCCGGGCUCAGCUGGUAGAACAGCUCAAAUGUCUGGACCAGCAGUGCGAGCUACGUGUGCAGCUCCUCCAGGACCUGCAGGACUUCUUCCGCAAGAAGGCCGAGAUCGAAAUGGACUACUCGCGCAAUCUGGAGAAACUGGCUGAGAGGUUCCUGGCCAAGACACGCAGCACCAAGGACCACCAGUUCAAGAAGGAGCAGAAUGUGUUGUCUCCGGUGAACUGCUGGAACCUGCUGCUGACUCAGGUGAAGCGUGAGAGUCGUGACCAUGCCACCCUCAGCGAUCUCUACCUCAACAACAUCAUACCACGCUUUGCCCAGAUCAGCGAGGAUUCUGGACGCCUCUUCAAGAAGAGUAAAGAGGUGGGACUUCAGCUGCAGGAGGAUUUGAUGAAGGUCCUCAACGAGCUGUACACGGUAAUGAAGACGUACCACAUGUACAAUGCGGAUAGCAUCAAUGCUGAGAGCAAGCUGAAGGAGGCAGAGAAGCAGGAAGAGAAGCAGAUGGGACGAGGGGCACGCCAAGAGGAGCGCCAAACACCACGCUCGCCUGACACACUCGCCAGCGUCAGGCUCGACGACAAGCCUGUUCGCCGGAGCUCUGUGAAAAAGAUCGAGAAGAUGAAGGAGAAGCGCCAAGCCAAAUACACUGAGAACAGGCUGAAAGCCAUCAAGGCUAGGAACGAGUACCUGCUGGCUCUGGAGGCGACCAACUGCUGCGUGUUCAAGUACUACAUUCAUGACCUCUCCGACCUCAUUGACUGCUGUGACCUGGGCUACCAUGCCAGCUUGCACCGGGCUCUGCGUACCUACCUCUCUGCUGAGUUUAACGUGGAGACGUCGAAGCACGGCGGCCUGGAGACCAUUGAGAAUGCAGCGGAGAACCUCGAGGCCCAGGCUGACAAACAGAGACUAAUGGAGACCUACAACAACACCUUCUGCCCUCCCAUACGCUUUGACUUCCAGUCUCAUAUGGGGGACCAGAUGGGCUACAUGUGCGCUCAGCAGCCGCUACAGGGAGAACUUCUGCAGAGGUGCCAGCAGCUCCAGUCUCGUCUUUCCACACUCACGAUAGAGAACGAGGAGGUGAAGAAGACCAUGGAAGCGACUCUGCAGACCAUUCAGGACAUGGUGACCAUCGAGGACUUUGAUGUGACUGACUGCUUCCACCACAGCAACUCCAUGGAGUCAGUGAAGUCCACAGUGUCUGAGUCGUUCAUGAGCAAACCGAGCCUGGCCAAGAGACGAGCCAAUCAGCAGGAGACUGAGCAGUUCUACUUCACGAAACUGAAGGAGUUCCUAGAGGGCAGGAACCUCAUUACCAAACUGCAGGCCAAGCAUGACCUUAUCCAGAAGACCCUGGGAGAGAGUCAGAAGACUGACUAUUGCCUUGCCAGCGGACGGAGGAACUCGACCGCGAGAAAACAGGAAUCCGCUCAGGUCAUACCGCUGAUCGUGGAGAGCUGCAUUCGCUUCAUCAGCCGACACGGCCUGCACCAUGAGGGUAUUUUCCGAGUGUCUGGCUCACAAGUGGAGGUCAAUGACAUUAAGAAUGCAUUUGAGAGGGGUGAGGAUCCUCUGGCUGGAGAUCAGAAUGAUCACGACAUGGACUCCAUUGCCGGCGUCCUCAAACUCUACUUCAGAGGCUUGGAAAACGCCCUCUUCCCAAAGGAGGUCUUCCAUGACCUCAUGGCCUGUGUCUCCAUGGAGAAUCUCCAGGAUCGAGCUGCCCACAUUCGCAAGGUCCUUCUGUCUCUUCCCAGCAACACCCUGGUCAUCAUGCGCUACCUGUUUGCGUUCCUCAACCAUCUUUCCCAGUACAGUGAGGACAACAUGAUGGACCCCUAUAACCUGGCCAUCUGCUUCGGCCCCACACUCAUGUCUGUCCCUGAGGGUCAUGACCAGGUCUCUUGUCAGGCCCAUGUGAACGAGCUGAUCAAGACUAUCAUCAUCCACCACGAGAGCAUCUUCCCUGGGCCACGUGAGCUUGAGGGCCCUGUGUACGAGCGCGGAGGAGCCACUGAAGAAUACUGUGAUGGCCAACACAACGAGCCCCCCCUAGUGGACGAACCAGCACCUGAUACCGUCUCGGACACCCAUAACAGCGAUGAUGGCUCAUUGAACGUUUCAGAGUCAGACCCCAUUGAGGCCAUCGCACGCUUCGACUACUCGGGCCGUAACAACCGUGAGCUCUCGUUUAAGAAGGGCGCCUCGCUGCUGCUCUACCAGCGUGCUUCUGACGACUGGUGGGAGGGGCGACACAACGGCGUCGACGGCCUCGUGCCCCACCAGUACAUCGUGCUCCAGGACGUCGCGGAUGGUGGUUACACAGGUCGAGGCAGUCCAAAAGCUGACCUAGAGGGUCCCCAUGAUGGAGUAGAGGAGAAAGUGUCUACCAGAGGCAAUGCCAGCUCUCCCAUUGGAGGCCAUGUAGCUGAUAUCUAUCUGGCCAAUCUCAACAAGAUGAGGAAGCGUCCAGAAUCCAGUGGAAUCCGCAGAACGUUCCGGCCAGUAGACGGCACCGGCGAGGGCUUGUCCGUACCCACGGGAGGUCUGAGAGGCACUUCGUUGCCUGCAGCUGUGUUGCCCAAAGAGGGCACAGACAAGCGGCCACUGAGCGCUCACAGUGUCCUCAACUCCAUCACCCGCCACUCAUCCCUCAAAGCCAAGGUGGAGAGCCCUCAGUUCCGCAGAGGCACCCCUGCUGGACGCUCCAAGAGUUUUAGCAACCAUCGACCUCUCGACCCCGAAGUGUUCUCACAGGUUGAGCAUAGCUCACAGGAAAUCCAGGCGACCAUGAGCACGGCACUGAGUGAACUGCAGGAUCUGGACAAGAAGAGCAGCAUGAAGCCGGCGCCUGACGUCGUGCUCGACACUCUGGAGCAGCUGAAGAGCGGCGGAGCCUCCGAGCCAUCCAGCCCGCUGCACUCCCGUCCACUCCAGCACCAGCUCCAGUGCCCACUCCAGCGCAGCGCCAGCUCGGCCAGUGACGUGCCCUCCGCCUCACGCCCGGUCAAGAGCCCAGCACCUAAGAGCCCUCUGUCCUCAGGAAUGACGGCCACUGCACUCUCUCCUUCCACUUCCACUUUCCGAGAUAACCGGCCGCCAGCCACCAGACCCAAACCUGCAGUCUUCCCUAAAAGUAGCAGCACCAGCAGCACCACUAGUAUCCCUCCAUCUCCCCCACCACCUCCUCCACCUACCGAUAAAUCCUGCCCGGCUUGAGAAAUCCGUAAAACCUUGCUUUAUCGUGAUUCCAGAAUCCAGCCGCUGUUUGAUCCUGAUUAGUCAGUGGAGGGAUAAAUAACUAACCUCGUUUAAUUAAUCCAUUAUGGACCGUAACCUCAAUUCUGAAAUGCAGUGUGUGGAUGUGAGUGUGUGUGUUGUCUGUGUGUGGUCCACAUGCACAUGGUGGGAUGGAUUUUUCAGCACUCUUGAAAACCCAAGAAAAAAAAUUCUGGCUGGGACGUGAACACUCUCGAUCCCUCUUUAUAAUCUAGGUUUAGUGAUUUAUUAUUAUUUUUUAAAGGGUUGUGAAUUGGAUUGGAUUAUUUUAGAAAAUAUGUAGCUGUGAAUAACUCUUAAGUUCCUUUCACUCUCUCUCACUUUAUACUUAAAUACUUACUCUCGAGGGAGCUGGACUUUACUUGUGCCAUGACGGAAACUGAACGUUACCGCAAUACUCUACUACGGACUCCAUAGCAUUGUGCUGGGGGAAAUAAUGUAUCUGUGUAUUUAUAUGCAGCUUUUUUAAGUACUGAGAUUGUGUCCAUGUUUUCGUCAGGAUAAGCGAUGUUGGCUUGUAUCCUCCUCACAUUGGAUAUACCUGCAUUUGGAAUUCAGGAUAAAGCCCAAAUGCUUCAAUACUUCUUCUCUGUAGGAAUUCCAGCAUGGCAACUUGCUUGCACUACUUUCUCUUGAACAGUAAUACUACUUUCUUAACGAUAACUGUUAAUGCUAUCUUUUUUGAACACUGAUCAGCAGUUGUGAUAUAUAACUUUAGCCUGUUGGCCGUGAACUAUUAUUAACCAUUUAUCCACAAGCACCUGGCAAGGUCUCAGGACAAAAAAACAAAAAAAGGAAGUAGCAUCUUGCCUUAUUGUAUAACGUGAAGAGCAGCACUGUCAGAUAGUGUCGGUUUUUGAUCUUCACUUCACACCCACUUUAUCUUAUCUAGUUGAAUCAGUAGAAAAAAAGUGGGCGGGAUCAUGGUGGUUUUUUGUCAGUAAAAAAAAAAAAGGAGGAGCUGCUUACUAUUAAGUAGCGCUCACAUUGAACUUUUGGCUUUCUGUUUUCUUACUUGUGCUUGGCCCCCAUAUGGAAAAAAAUAGAUAGCUAAUGUUACUUCUAAAUUCCCUCCAAAAUCACAUGCCCUCAGGAUAAUAGUGUGGUGGAAAUCCUGCACAAAAGUGGCCAAACGUUCAUGUAACUUGUCAGUCAGUACAUUUACGUGGACAACAAUAAUCCAAUAUUAACCCAGUUGAGACGACACUCUGAUUAAGAAACUACCCUGUAAACUGUGAUUAUUGAUGACCUUAAUCCGACCAAAGUCAUACUCGAAGUAAACAUAAAUGGAAUUAUGACGUGUGGAAUAUUCCUGUUUUAGUCGCAUUAUGGAAGUGCAUUAUAGACAUGUACACACCUUAAUCACAUUAUUAACGUCGUGUGGGAGUUUUCACCGCAUUUUGCGACAGGACACGUACACACACGGCAGUGCUCAACCAUUUGACGGCAAACAAGAGACCACGGCUGCGUCCCAAACCGCAUACUUACCUACUAUAUAGUAGGAGAAAUACAUGUAUCUCAACUACUAUAUAGUAGGUAAGUACGCGGUUUGGGACGCAGUCCACGGCUUCAAGCAGUCUUCUAUUAGCACGUAUAGCAUGAUAAAUAAUUAACUACACUUGAAGCGUACGUAAAAUUAAAAAUGAAACACUCAAAACUGUAUACGGUACCAUAACGAAGACGACCUGUAUGCUGAUACGUGAAAUUCUGGAGGGAACAUUGGACGGUGUGGCGUGGGGACGUAAUGGCAUGUGCCGUUAAUCCAUCUAUGUUCUAUAACAUGUAAAAAGGGGAACAUGAAAGGAAUAUCCUAAAAGUAACUCAUAUAAACACCUUAAUCAGAAUAUUGUCUUAUUCAGAAUAAUGUCAAUAAUUAGAUUACUGAUGUCCAUGUAAACGUAGUCACUGUCACGUGACCAAUCAGUCUGAUGCUACAAAAAAUGCCCGAGUCUGAGAAUUUGACAUCUGAUUCAGUGGGUAGAUAAAAUUGUGAGAUUAUUUGAAACAGCAGGUGAAACACCAAACUCUAAUGGAAUUGCACACCAAUCAAUAGAAGAGACCUCAAGACACUGGUUGCAUCCUUACCUGAAAGGAUUUAGCUCUAUUACUGGGCCGAUAUACAGCAUAACCAAGUAUUAAGGGGAAAAAAAAUUACACAGGCGACCAAUUUUUGUCCAGGGAGCAACUUUUUUGCCUUUAUAUCUCCCAGCUUGACUAUACAGCAAAUCUUAAAACUUGCAUGGUGCAUAAGGUAAAGCUGUACUGCUUCUCAAACCUUUCCAUUCUUAUACCAGAUUCACAAGCACUUCUUCAUAGCUUACUCUUCAUAUUUCUCCUACAGUUCCUUUUCAAUAGACAUAAUCCAGCAGAACAGAGGGUAUUUCUGUGUAUACCUGUAAUUAUUAAGAUUUAGAUUAUAACUGGAAAAAAAAAUGCUAAAGUGAGGAAUGUCUUGUAAAUUUGGUGACGUAUUGAUGCAAAAAAAAAAAAAUAAUAAUAACGGUUUCCUUCUGCCUUACCUGAAUUUAUUUACAAUUCUCGUGGGCCUUGCGUUUGCAUCAUGCUAAUUGUGUAUCUGUAAGUAUGUUUCUAUGUAUGUUUAUAUGUAUGUAUAGUGUAAACCUCCUAAUGGAGGCAGUUCGUUGAUAUUUGAUCAAAACUUUAAACACUCCAUGGGAUUUGACUGUGGAUAUACAGAUUUAUGAAAUGGCAGACACUUUUCUUAGUCUUUAUGUGGAAAUUAAGGAUGAGAGCACGCUCUAAACUGGGAUCGGGUUAAUCCAACUCUUCAGUUUUUAGGAUUUAUCUCAGUGUUGUUAGAGAUACUGUCAGCCCAAGAUUUUUUGGAUUGGAGAUUUUGUGACAAACCAGUCUUCUGCAUGUUUAUAUAUUUCCCCAGAUCUCUUAACUACAUAAAAUUGCCAGGCCGUUUUAUCUCAAAUCUGCGCCUCUUUCUCAGUUCAUAUAAUCUAUGUAUGCUUUUUAAAGAUUUUUCCCGAGACACCUUGACUAUUUACAAGUCUUGAUGUGGUGGAUGGGAGUAAAAAUAAUGUUGGGUGUGUGUUUUGAAGUCAGGAAGAAAAAACAUGCAUGGGGCCGGUUGAUUUUUUUUCAAUAAUUUUUCUUUUUUCAAGGGCAAUGAAGACCCAUUUAUUAAAAGCCUUAACAGCAUGGAAAUGGUGAGAAAUGCCUAGAAACUCUUCCAACCUGAAAGACCAGGAAAAAAAAUCAGCAACUUAGCGAAGCGAAAUUUUAAGAGGUCAUCUUUUCUAGGAAAACUUUUUGGAUGUUAUUUUGUUCUGUGUUGUGUUGCAAUUCUCUACAUGUCUUAACUGGUGAAUUAGGUAUAUCUCUGUGUGCUAUGAUUGGAAAUUUACUCUUUGUGUUGUUCCUAAUACCUCAUAAAAGGCAACUGGAAACCAAAUUGGAAUGAAAAAAAGAAAAAAAAGAGGCAUUAACAUGCAUAAAACAUAAUUAACUCAUGCAAAGUGCUUGGUGAGAUGUUCUGUCUUAAUGUGUAACUUUUUUUUACUGUGCUGUUGGCUGAAGUCUCAGUUUACAUAUUACACACAUCUUUAUAUUUUCAAGUCUGCAAUUUUAAAACCGAUUCUUAAUUUGCACUUGAAUCUGCAUUGUAUGUUGGUGAACAGAUUGAGCGAGGGUUUGCUUUUUUUUUAUCGUAACUAUUGUUAAAUGUGUAUUUCCUAUCCAUUUUAAACAAGGCUGUAAAAUGAACUGUUUUGUCAGAGGUAUUUAUAGUCGUCCAUUCGAGUAUAUGUUAAUGAGAGAAACCUGUGUUCAGAUGUACUUUGUAUAUACAAUGGUGUACAUUACAGAGGUACAUUCUUUCUCUUUGGUUUUCUUUCUUUCUUUCUUUCUUUCUUUUUGGAGAGGGGAGGGGUACAGGAUUGUACAGUAAUAGCAAUAGUAGUUUACUCUCAAAUACACCUUAUAUAAUUCCAUGCAUAGUUCUUGUAGUAAACAUUUUUUUAAUAAACCGCUUGCUAUACA